CGUUAACAAGCAAUGGUGUUUGAACCGAGCGAAUAUCGUGCGAUACCACCCACAGACUUUCUUUCCUGGUUGUUUGACGGUGUUGUAGAUCUGGAGAAAGAUAUUCUGAUUGAUGCCGUUGACGAUCAAAAUCGGCUGAAUACUCGACAAGCUGUCUCUUUGGUACGCAGAAUUAUUGCUGGCUUGAGAGCGGCUGGACUGAGACCAGGAGAUGCUGUAUGCGUACAUGUCUUCAAUCAUGUCCUCUAUCCGAUCAUCUACUUUGCCAUAAUCGGUGCUGGUGGCAUCUUUGUCGGAUCGAAUCCUGCCUACAAAGCCUCAGAAAUGAGUCAUUUGUUAACGAUCACGAGGCCUACAUUCAUUGUCGUUGAGGACAAUCUUCUAGCGGACAUCCUACCUAGUCUGCAGGGAGUAAUAUCUCCAAGCUGCACGUUCAUUUUCAGUGUCGAUGCUGAGCCCAUUGUCGUUGAAGGCUACAGAUGGUGGAGUAGCCUGCUUUGUCAUGGAGAACAAGACUGGAUCAGAUUCGAGGAUGCAAGGAGGGCGAAGUCGACCAUCGCCACGUAUCUGUCGACGAGCGGCACCACCGGACUGCCAAAAGUAGCAGCGACCUCCCAUUAUGCUCUCGUCGCAGCAGGUGUCUCCAUGCAACAUUCGAACAGUGAAUAUUUCCAGGUAUCACAGCUUAUCUGUCUCCCACUGUUUCAUGCUUUUGGAGCUUCGUUCGUCCAGAUUUCUGCCUUUCGUCAUGGCACACGUACGUACAUCAUGCGAAGGUUCGAUAGCGAAGUUUUCACAAGUAUGGUCGAUCGUUACAACAUUACUGAUAUUGCCGCCGUGCCUGCUCUCCUAGCAAAUAUUGUUAAACAGAAGAUUUCACCACUUGUGAUUGGGAGUCUACGCCGAGUUUGGUGUGCCGGAGCACCCUUAUCAUCGGCUCUGAGGGAUGCCAUGUAUGGUCUGCUGCAUGAGGAAGCCAUCAUAUCUCAAGUCUGGGGAUUGACAGAGUUUGGUCGCAUCACUUCGUCCGGGUGGGAUACAAAAGAUCGCAGUGGAAGCGUAGGCUCAUUAUUGUCAAACGUUGAAGCGAGAGUCGUGGACGAACAAGGCUCCGAGAUUAGUGACCAAGGCGUCCAUGGCGAGUUACAGGUCCGAGGACCUUCAUUGAUGAAUGGUUACUUCAAUCGCGCUGCCGAUACUGCCAAGGCGUUUGAUGGGGAUUGGCUGAGGACAGGAGACCUAGGUUAUAUAAAGCAAGGGAACGUCUACAUCAGUGGGCGUCUGAAGGUGUUGCUUGAUCUAGUCCUUCUUCGAUAAGACACAGAUGGUGGCUAACCGUUUUCAGGAGCUGAUCAAAGUGCGUGGAUGGCAAGUCUCACCAGAUGAAAUUGAGGAUGUACUGCUCACGCACCCGAUGAUUGCCGAUGCGGCCGUGGUUGGUGUUCACAUUGGUGGAAGGCAGUCUGAAGAUGAAUAUCCUAGAGCAUACGUCGUAUCCAUCGACAAUAAUCCUUCUGGGACCGACGAGCGGAAGUUGAUUAAAUUUGUCGCAAACAAGCUGGCCAGCUUCAAAACUUUGCGUGGUGGCGUGGUGUUUGUGGAAAGGAUUCCAAGAAACUCCAGCGGGAAAAUCUUGCGACAGUCCUUGGUGGAAAGAGCGACGAUCGAGGUUGUUGCCAAUUCAAAAGAUGCAGAAGUGUAGACUCAGGUACUCCGUCCUCCACUUUGGACUGCUUGCACAGUGAAUAUCACCUUGCAUUCGUACACACAAUCGAAGGAUGAUGUCGGC